AUGUUGCUCAACAUGGACCAACUUACAAUGCUCGCAUCAUGCUGUCUUGUGUUCUUGCCGUACUUGGUGUUGGGUACAUCGUCAGCAGCUUGCCUCAAUGGUGUCUGUAACAUUUCACGCAAAGAUCUGCCUGUGGAACAAAUUGCGUCCGAGUUAGGGCCACAGCUCUCCAGCACUUCUAACAUUUUCGGCCCCGAUGACGCUCGCUGGACCAAUGCAACUGAACGGUUCCAAGCCCUGGUGCGGCCAGAUGUCCAGCUGGUGGUGCAACCCGGGCAGGAAAGUGACGUGCCUACGAUCGUUCAGUACGCCAAUGAUAAUAGCAUAGCGUUCAUGGCGACCAACCGGAGACACGCGCUUACACUGUCCAUCGGAACGUUCUCUGGCAUCGAAAUUGAUUUGUCCCUGCUCAGGAACGUGACUCUCAACGCAGAAAGUAGCGCAACGUUGCAAGGCGGAGCAUACGACGAGGCAGUCUGGUCGACACUCUGGAACGAAGGUUAUAUCACCACCACUGGGAGCGCUUCUUGCGUCGGAAUGCUUGGCCUAGCCCUUGGGGGCGGUCACGGUCGCUGGCAAGGCUAUUAUGGCCUGGUCGCUGAUAACAUUAUCAAUUUGAAUAUGGUCCUAGCCAACAGCACCGCCGUCACCGUUGCAGACGAUACUAACCCGGAUUUGUUUUGGGCGAUGAAGGGCGCGGGUCAUAAUUUUGGCAUCGUGACAAGCUUCGAGAUCAAGGUCUACGACCGGGGACCCGAUACUUGGUUCUACAAGAUCUACAUCUGGAAUCAGACCAAGAUUGAAACGGUAUUUGAGACGUUGAAUAUGUUUCGGCAAGGAGGAACGCAACCGAAGGAGAUGGCAGUGAAUUAUGGCGCCUACCUGGUGAACACUUCCAUAAGCAAUACGGUGUAUUUGCAGCCUGUCCUUUGGUGGUCGUUCGUCUAUAUCGGUUCGGAAGCAGACGCACAGCAAUACCUGGUACCUUUCGAUGCUAUUGAAGCUAUCGAUGUUCAGCAUGGGAGUGUGCCCUAUCCAGAAAUUGCUGAAGUGACCUUGACAGGAGCUUCAUCCGGACUCUGCACCCCGGGGUUCGUUCAUAAUCAUGCCACUUCAUACUUGCAAACCUGGAAUUCUACAGCCCAGCGGCAGAUCUACGACCUCUUUUCGCGGAAGAUCAAUGAGAACGCACAAUGGUUCAACUCGACUGUUGUAAUGGAGGACUAUGCCCACGAGGGUGUGGGAGCAGUUGACCCGGCAACUUCUGCGUACCCCUGGCGCGAGUAUUCUCUACUGAGCUACAUCAACGUUGCUUAUGCUUCGAACGAGACUUUGGACCCAGCUGCUCGCGAGUGGGCUCUGGAGACUCGAGAUCUUUGGAAUGCUGGUCAAGCCGAUCUCCCUGUGGCUACAUAUGUGAACUACGCUCGAGGUGACGAGCCACUAGGGUCCGUAUAUGGCUACAACGCCUGGCGUCUCGAAAGGCUACGCGGACUCAAGACAGAGUAUGACCCGAAUGACCGCUUUAGCUACUACAACCCCAUUGUUCCGCUAUAA